AUGGGUGAUUCUUCCAAGCCACUGCGAUACGUCGAUAUCGGCAUCAACCUGAGCGACCCCAUGUUCGCUGGAACAUACCAUGGAAAGCAAGCUCACGAAGCUGACCUUGACGACGUCAUUCAACGUGCCAAGGAUGUUGGCUGUGAGAAGUUCAUGGUCACUGGGUCCGACCUUGUCGAAUCCGAGGAAGCCAUCAAAAUAGCGCGGAAAUAUCCUGGCUUCUGUUACGCUACAGUAGGGGUACACCCCUGCCAGGCUAAACUUUUCGAUGAGUACCCAGAAGGCUCAUCAAAGAUGAUGGAAGAGCUCCGCAAAAUCGCCACCGAGGCAAAGGAUGCCGGUCUUGCUGUUGCGUUUGGCGAAAUCGGCCUUGAUUAUGACCGCCUUUUCCACAGCGCCAAGGAGCCGCAAUUGAAGUAUUUCGAGGCACAGCUGGACCUGGCCAUUGAGAUUCAGAUGCCUCUCUUCCUCCAUUCCCGUGCGGCCAGUGAUGACUUUGAACGCUUAAUAGCCUCAAGACUUGAUAGGCUCCCCAAAGGCGGCCUCGUCCACAGUUUUACUGGAACGAUGGAAGAGAUGGAGCGCCUCGUUGCCCUGGGUCUUGAUAUCGGUAUUAACGGCUGCAGCAUGAAGACCCAAGAGAACCUAGACGUCGUGAAGGCGAUCCCCUUGGAACGGCUUCAAAUCGAGACUGACGGCCCAUGGUGUGAGAUCCGGCCGUCACAUGCUUCAGCGAAGUUCCUCGAAGGUGCUCCUGAGCUGCCCAAGUCCGUCAAGAAGGAGAAAUGGCAGAAGGGCAUGAUGGUGAAGGGUCGCAAUGAGCCUGUCGCUAUUGCUCGUGUUGCACACGUUAUAGCUCAGGUCAAGGGUAUCUCCGUUGAGGAAGUCUGCGAAGCUGCUUGGAACAACUCCAUUAAGAUGUUCGGUCUUGGACUGCAGUCUCAACAAUGA